ACGUUGCACAGGUUUUCAUUUACCUCAGUUUAGCUCAGCUGUGCUUAGGAGGAAAACAACCUGGAGUUUCUGAUUUUAGAGGCUCUUCAGGACGAAUAAGUGAACUUUCCGGUCAUUUUUUUGGGUCAGUAUGGCUCCGAGCAAAGCUCCUGCUGGGGUGCCGUGGUGGGAAAGACUCGCUCGUGGUCUGCUUUGCCUUUUAGGUUUGCUUUUGUCGGUUUAUGCGCUCCACGUUGAGCUUUCUCGGGAAAACGACCCCGAAUACCGAGCCAUGUGUGACCUGGCUGAGUCAGUGAGCUGCUCCAAAGUCUUCACCUCCAGGUGGGGGCGUGGAUUUGGACUUGUCCAGCUUGUUGUUGCCAAGGACAGUGCACUUAAUCAGCCUAACAGUUUGCUGGGCAUCCUUUUCUACAGCCUGCAGCUGGGCCUGGGUCAGAUGGUGUCCAGUACAGCAGCUCAGGCACUGGUGAUGAUGUCCUGGGUGUCGGUAGCCGGGUCCGUAUAUCUGGCUGCUAUUCUGGCGUUUGUUCUUGGUGAUUUCUGCGUGGUUUGCGUCUCAACGUACAUUAUCAACUUCGCUCUGCUAUACACCAACAUGAAGAGAAGAACGGGGCUUAAAGGAAGACUGCAGAAGGACAAGACUGGCUGAGGGGUCUCCCGCUGUGUGAGUCACGCCUCUCUUAAAGGGCCCAUAUCAUUAAAAAACUGGCUUUACUUCACGUUUCUAAAAUAAGCAUUUGAUAUAGGAUGUAAGGCAUUUUUCAAGAAAAAGAUGUGAAAGAUAUGAUGAAAUGAUUAUUAUUAUCAUUUUUUAAAUACUUUGUACCACCCAGCAGCAGAGACCCUCUACUGGUGCAGCCAGUGUGGAGCUUCUCAGCAGGUGUGCGGUACCUUUCUAUGCUUCCUUCUUUGGAAUGAACAGAGAACAAAGAAGCUCUAACCAAAAUAUCAGGUGCAAACACUUGACUGCCCUCUGGUGGAGAACAGAGUUUAAACUUCAUGACUUUCCGAAGUUCAAUAGGUUUAAAAUGUACCAUUUACUUUCCAGUACAUGCAGUCCAUAUAUAUGAAAACUGAGCUGCAAAAACAUUUAAACAUUUUAAGUUCUCUUCUUUUGUGAUGUCACAAAAAACAGCACAUUUGCAUGUAUGUGCCUAUUCAGCCUACAGCUGUUUUAGCCCCACCAUCCAUGCUGAGGUUGUAAGGAGAGUUUUAAACCAGAUCGCUUUCAGAAUGUGAUGCAAGCCAGCCAAUCAGAACAGAGCUCAUUUACAUAUAUCAAUCUUAAAGGCACAGCCUGAAUAAUUCUAAGGGACAAAGAGAGGUUGAAAAGUGGACACAUAAAAAAGAAUUAUGACUGUUAUUGAUAUAUAAAACACAAAUGCCAUUUGUGGGAGAAAUAAAAUAGCACACAAGAAAACUGUAGGGUAUGGGCCCUUUAAUGGGAGCUGCUAAGACCAACAUUGGGUGCAAUGUCAAAGCUGGUGUGAUUAAGUUAUGGAGUAAUUUUUAUAAUGUAUGUGAACUGUAGCUGUUUACUCUCUGCUGAAGUGGGACCACACGAUAAGCUGUGCAGUGUUUGGCGUCCUUCGCCUGUCUGACUGUUACACGCAAGCUCUAAUUAUGUGAUAAGUUGACUACUUUGUCUACUUAAUAAAAGCUUACCACGACAGUAAAGCCUU